GCAAGUUAAUCUAUAGAUAAAAUUCAGUGGUCUGAGUCAGAUUUCGUUGCAAUACUGCUAAAGCUAAACAGUAUUAGGGAAAGAUGUGAGAGGAAUAUUGACCGUGUUCCCACGACCGACCGAGCCAUAAACUACCCAGCUAACAAAUCGUCGUGUAUGAUGGUUUAGUACACCUACAAGUACAGAAAAGAAAACGGCCUUCCGUGACUCACGGGGUUCAGUUAGCUACGGGUGUUUGCUGCAACUUCGGUCGUUGAGGGAGCUCACUCGCGCUUUUCCCCCCGCACCAGGGACCCUUCACUCUGGUCUCGUCCUCUCGACGGAGGAGCGAGCCCAGCGCGUCGUUGUUCGAGUCCCUUUCUUCCGUCCAAAGGAGAAACGGGAGGCGGACUUGUGGAGCCCCGCAACGCGUUGGGGAAGCCGGCGGAGCGGACGCGGGCCAAGAGCUAAAGCAAAACCCGACCGAGAAGCCCAGCUUAGAGCCAGCCGCCCCGAAAGAGCCUCCCGCCCGGCGGAGCAGGCAGCUUCCCCGCGGAGAGACCGCCAAGUCACGUGCUAGGCGCGGCGCUCGUCUCCACCGCCCGCUUCGGGGCUUCCGAGCCGCCUGGCUGGGUCUCCUGCCUCCCCGGUGUUAUAAAAGGCGGCGCCCGAUGGCGACCUCCCAGCCCAGCCGUCGCAAGCCUCCCGCAGCAUGAGCGGACCACCAACCCUGGCGUUGCUCUGCCUCAGCCUGGCCCUGCUGCUCAGCCCGCCCGCCGGGGCGUGGUACAAGCAGGCGGCCGGCCCCAGCUACUACUCGGUGGGCAGGGCGUCGGGGCUUCUCUCUGGCAUCCGCCGUUCGCCUUACGUGCGCCGCUCCGACGACAACGGCGUCGCGGACGGUAGUGCCGAAGGCGGCCCCGCCGCAUCUUCUCUCGCCAUGUCUGAGUCGCGGCAGAACUUCGGCGGGCUGCGCAACCUGGCAGUAUGUGUGAAGGAAGUGGCUCCAGAACUGCAAAGCUGCCAGCUACUGUCUGGUCUGCCCAGCAUCAUUCAGUGCAAAGCGGAUGUCACUGUCUCUUUGGACCCCACUGACUGUACUAUCCCAUAGCCUUGAGCAGGUGCCCUUCCCUAUAAAUUCUAUGGAGGCACCUGGAGGGGGACAGGCAGGCAAGAGAUGGAUUUAGUCUCUGUGUCAAUGGCUGUUGGAUUUGCGGGUGGUGAGGAAUGUGGUUUUAUUUUUAUUUUUUCUGCAUCUGUUAAUAAAUGUGUUUUAAAAGGCUCCAAUGA